AUGCUUCUCUCCCCAGUGUACCUAGCCCUCACUGCGGUCGUGCUCUUGGGCAUUCACAUCCUCCGGCACCUUAGCUCGCCCCUUCGAAAGGUUCCUGGACCGGCCGUCAGCCUGUUUACGUCGUUGUUAUUGAAAUGGAAACAAGUCAAUGCUGCUAGAACGCUCUACAUCCACGCCCUUCAUGAACAAUACGGACCCGUUGUGCGGAUUGCCCCAAACGAGGUUUCCUUCACCUCAUGGCCUGCCCUCAAGGAGAUAUACUGCUCCGGGGGCAGUGGCUACGAUAAAUCCGACUUCUACAAUCUGUUCAAGGUUUAUGGAAGGAGGACCAUGUUUACCACACUGAACAAGGCUGAUCAUGCAAGACGUAAGCGCAUCCUCGCAGAUCGGUAUGCCAACACAAAUAUAAUGCGUAGUGUAUCCUUGGACGGUAUCCGAAAACGAUCGAGGGAAUUCCUGGAUCGAUGCACGGCGGCAGGUGAUUCAGCUACGGACGUAUUUAUUUCUCUUCAUGCGUAUGCGUGUGAUUGCAUCACCCACCAUUUGUUUCAUCCCAACGGCUCUGACUGCAUUGGAAAGAACAUGGACGAGGAAAUGAUGCAUCAGGUCGCUGCAGACGACAGCUUACAGAAUCGGCUCAUUGCAUACUAUUGCCCAACUCUGCACCGUUUGUUUGCCGGAAUAUUGUCGCUAUUUGUUAAACCCCGGUUUGUGCCUUUGGCAGACAAUUUUGUCCUGGAAGCCAGCAAGCGCACCAACGCUGCAAGCUUCACCCUCAUGAGCCGUCUGAAGGAGAAGACUGCCAAUCUUGACCAGAUUGACGUGGCAGCGGAAUGUCUCGAUCACAUGGUGGCUGGAAUAGACACGACGGGCGACACGCUUUGCUUUCUAAUGUGGGAGCUUUCGCAGCCUCGAUCUCUUCAUCUGCAGCAACGACUCGCGGAGGAAUUUCAAGCGCAUCCAGACGUAAGCACCCACUCGCUCCCCUUCUUGGAUGCCGUCUUGUGUGAAGGACUCCGAUGCUAUCCGGCAAUCCCAAUGUCCUUGCCUCGGCUGGUACCUCCCGGGGGUCGGACCAUUGAUGGCUAUGCCAUCCCGGGGGGAGCAAUUGUUAGCUGCCAAGCUCUUUCUGUGCACCGCAUCAACAAUCAUGUUUACCCAGACCCCGAAAAAUUCAACCCCGACAGGUGGAUGAGUCCCGAGGGCGAUGCAGAUAGGCGACGGUUGUUGUUUUCCUUCUCCAGCGGAGGAAGGGGCUGUGUUGGGAAGCAUCUUGCCAUUGCGGAGAUGAAGGUUUUACUCAGAGACGUUUAUUCACAGUACAGAACAGUGCCGGACGCUUCUAUGACGGCUGAAUCGAUGACCAUGUCGGAUCAGCUUAUAUCAACGAGGCCACUGGGCAAGAAGUGUCUGCUCAGGUUCCAUGCUCUACAGGAGUCAGACUUGGGGUCCCAGACCGGGUAG